ACAACCGCCAUCUUUUUAUUUCAGUUCACGUGCAGACUUGGUAAGAAUGACUGCUGACAAGUUUCUGGAGAGGAAAACACUGGAUUGGGGGACUUUUCUUUAAUCUGAUAUAAGUAAUCGUGUCCUUCAAACUAAGUAGCCUACAAACUUCUUUGAAGACGACUAAAAUAGUUGUUGGAAUUUGUCUGCACAGUGUCGAUCGUCAACUCGAAAAAAUUCCUGUGGGCAUAUUUCGGGUAUUAAGGUACAAUGGAAAAGGUGCAAAUAGACCAACUUCUGUCAACACAGAUUCCUAGGAUUGAUGAAAACCACACCGAUAUUCUGCUAGAAGAUGAAGCUCUUCCUGGCCAACAACCACCUGCCUAUCAGUGUUAUAAAUCGGUAUCAGUGCCAGCAUGGAAUGCAUAUGCCUUAGGGUUCCAGUUAAAUACACCAACCAGUGAGGAUUCAUACCCAUUCGGGGCAAAUCAAGAAAAUCUUAAUACUAAUAAGGGGAUAGUUACACAAAUAGCUCCAGAGGAAUUUUCUCUUGAAGAUGUGAGGCAUUUACAAAAGCUAAUCAGAGAUCUCCAUGCAGAAAACAUCCAAAAAACACUGUCAUACAUUAAACUGGAACAGGCCUAUUACUCCAUGAAAGAUGAGGUUGCAGAUUUAAAACGUGGAGCAAAAAUGAAGCAAACGAAAGAAACUGGAGAGAGAUCAAAACACCCGUCUGAUGAGUCGGAAAAUAAAGAUCCUGCAAAGGAAUUAACCGAGAUUAAGGAAAAAUGUAAUGCAGUGCAGAGCGAAGAAGCUAACGUCCCUGGGCUGGUCGGUGAUGAAAGAUUUCAGUAUUUCCAUGCUAUUGUCAGCGAUAGUAAUAUUAUUUUGACAGAAAACAAGAAACUCUUAGAUACCAUGAUGAACAAGGUUCAGGUUUUAGAAUUAGAACUUGCCGCGUGGAUGGAACGUAGCAAGGAGUAUGAAAGGAAACUCCAAAUUAAAUCUUCGUUGGAUAACGGAAUACAAACCGACGAUGUGGACAUUCCGCAACGGUCCUCUAUCCCAAAUAAUAGACACUUGGGAAGAAGUAUUGAUUCUGAAGAGGAUACAGCCACACAGAGGGAACGCCAGAACACUCGAAAUAUAAGUUCUCUCGUUUACAAAUAUCUAGUUCCAAAGGCGAAUUCUUGCUUUUCUUGUCUGAAAACUGCCCUGUGUCGUUGUCCACCAGCUCCACCUCAGUCCGGCAACACUGAAAGACAGAUGGUCUCCAUUCGUAAAUGUGAAAUUUAGUUAGAUGUAUUGUAUUUAUUGAAUUUUUUAAAUUUAUUCUUCGGUAUUGUAAAUCAGCUUUGAGAUCAUUUUUUGAAAAUUAUAUGGCGGAGGGUUUUUUUUGUACAGAAAGUAGGCUUUUGCGGGUAUAAACAUUUUGUGAUAAUCGCA